GAAAGAUCAUCUGUGGUGUGCCAGUCUGUCUGUAAGCACGGUAAGGGGCUGGCCCUGUCUGGCUGGCUGGGCCCAGCCCCUUGCGCCUGCGCACUCCCCGCAUUCCAGCAUGGCGCUGCAGCCCGGCAGUGGAGGAGCUGCGCACUGAGAUUGCAGCGGCCCCGGGGAUAGCAUUGAGCAGUACGUGGACAUCGUGCGGAGCAAACUCAGCACCGUUCCCUCCACCGCCUCUUCCUAUUGCCCCCUUUCCGUCUCAACAAGGUAGUGGAUGUGGACACCUGUAGAUGAAUGAUCAUUUCAGCCAUGAUGGCCGACCAGCCUCCACCAUUGGAAUCAACCCCUAUAUUGAAUGAUGUGCCACUUCUACCUCACAUGGUGAAUGGGGACAGCGCACAACAGCCUCUCUAUUUGCAGGUGAUACUGGUGCAAGUGAACCCAGGGGAAACAUUUACUAUCCGCACAGAAGAUGGGCAUAUCCGAUGUAUCCCAGGCCCAGCACAUGUUCCCAUGAUGUCACCAAAUGGCUCAAUGCCGCCUAUCUUUAUGCCACCUGGUUACGUAUCUCAGGUUGUGGAAGAAAAUGGAAUGCGCAAAGUCUUGGUGUUACCACAUUCAGCAGAGUUUCAUCCAUCAAUGCACCCACCUCCUCACGUGGCACACUAUAUGCACCAUCCUCACGCUCUGCUCCCUCACCCUCCACAUCCUGUUUACCCCCCAGUGCCUGCAACAGGAGAGAUACCACCCCAGUUUAUCCACCAACAUCCUCCACCCCCGCCACACAUAUUCCAGGAUCAAGAUGCACGUUCCCACACAAGGCCAAGUUUUAUACAAAGAGAUGAACGAGCCAUAAAAAUGCAGGAGCAGCUUCGGAAAAGAUUAAAAGACAGGCAAAUUAGUGGGCACAGUAAUAAUAAGCUAAACAGUCCGCCUCCCUCCCCACACAAAGCACACAUUGCUGCCAAUGCACAUAUACAGAAUGGAUACUCCAAACCACAGCAUUUGUCAGGAGGACCCAUAAAACUAAAGCAAGCAGCAAAGACUAGAGGCAGUCCACCUUCUGACCCAGAAACUCUAGAUGGAGAAAUGGAACCUAAAAAGCUACAGGAUGUGGUCCCUGCCAUGAAUAAACCUACUGUUUCUAGUUUGGAGGCUCGUUCAGCCAUCUUAUGUUAUAGUUUUCACACUAGUACACAAAACUGUGAUAGUCCUUCUAAUCUUUUACCGGGUGCCAUCAUUUAUGAGGUGACCAUAUCCAACAGUGGCAAGAAUGGAAAAUUCAAACUUGUGUACUUAGGUGAAGCUGCAACCUGCACCUUGACGGACCUUCGGCCAGCAACAGACUAUCAUAUUAGAGUAUCUGCAACAUGUCCACCUUUAGAAGGCUCCAUUUCAGAACUUAUAAGUUUUACUACCGAAAGCUGUGAACCAGAUCCGCCCGCUCCUCCUAAACUCUCAAACCGAAGUAGAAACUGCUUGAAUCUUCAAUGGAAGGCUUCAACUGACAAUGGAUCAAAGAUCAAUGGAUAUCUGCUAGAAUGGGAUGAGGGAAAACAUGGGCCAUUUAAGGAGUGCUACUUUGGACAUCUCAAACAGUACAAGCUGACAAAGCUGUCUCCUUCAACAAAAUAUGCAUUUCGAAUAGCUGCCAAAAAUGAUAUCGGAAUGAGUGGGUUCAGUGAGACUGUGGUCUACUGCACAGCAGGCAGCGCUCCGCCAGCACCACUGCCACCAAAACUUCUUCAUUCUGGCAUAACAUGGCUAUCGUUGUGCUGGAGCCCACCCAGUGACACAUCUGUGGAUGAUAGCUUGACAUACAUAUUAGAAAUGGAAGAAGAAGGUUCAGGGUAUGGUUUUAAGCCAAGACACAAUGGUGAAGAACUCUCAUGCACUUUAAAAAACCUGAGAAGAAAUACUUCUUAUAAGUUCAGGGUUUUUGCAGUUAACAAUGAAGGCAAAAGUAAUCCUAGUGAUAUUGUAGAAUACACAACUUCUCCUGACAAACCUGGCCCUCCUAGCAAACCAAGUAUAAAAGGAAAAAUCCAUGCACACAGUAUAAAAGUCACCUGGGAUGGUCCUAAAGAUAAUGGAGGAUCCGAUGUGACCAAAUAUUUCCUUGAAAUCUCAGAAACACCAAAUGGGAACAAAUGGGAAGUGAUAUAUAGUGGGUCUUCUAAAGAACACGUGUGUGAUCAUCUCAAACCUGGCACAAGCUAUAAAUUAAGAGUAUACUGCAUAAAUAUAAUGGGCUCUAGUCAGGUUUCUGAUGUAUUAACAGUCCAGACAGCAAUUGUACCUCCAGGUCCCUGCCAACCUGUACGACUCUGUGGGAAACCCAAACCCAAGGAACUCAGUCUGCAAUGGACUCCUCCUUCCUCAGACGGUGGCUCAGCAGUGACAGCUUACACUGUGGAGAUGGAAAAAUCUGAACAAGAAGAUCGUGCAGCAGUGUACCAGGGCCCUGAGCUUGAAUGCACAGUAAGCGACCUCCUGCCAGGACGGUCCUAUUGCUUCUGGAUCAAAGCCACAAAUAAAGCAGGGUGUGGACCUUAUUCACCCAAAUCAGAGUUCUGCACAGCUCCAGGCCCUCCUGAAAGAUGCAAAAUGCCACUGCUAAUCAGUAAGACUGCAAACUGUGUCCUAGCCAGCUGGGAGAACCCUAUGUGCAAUGGUACAGAUAUUACUGAAUACAGACUAGAAUGGGGGAGAAUAGAAGGAUGUAUGCAAAUAACUUACAGUGGGCCUUGUGCAAGUUAUGAAAUCAGAGGACUGACACCUGCUACCACUUAUUACUGCAGAGUUCAGGCUGUUAACUUGGCCGGUGCUGGACUGUUUGGUGACACAGCAAUGAUAACAACGCCAGCAUCUGUACCUGCUGCCGUUCCAUUUCUGCAGGUAGUAGAUGAAGAGCUAUUGGAAGCCUCAAUUCCCUCACCAUCAGAGUGCCUUGCUAUCCAGUGGAAGGAACCAUGUUGCAAUGGGUCUGAAAUCACUGGGUACAAUGUAGAAUAUGGGGAGAAACAGCAACUAACUGUUGACUGUGUUACUAGUUGUAUUCUUCAAAAUCUGGUCCCUGAUCGGACCUACAGAAUAAGAAUUCAGGCCAUAAACAGCUUAGGUGCUGGACCAUUUAGCAGUUCUAUCAAGGCCAAAACCAAGCCUCCACCUCCAAACCCUCCCCAUCUGGAAUGUGUGGUCUUCAGUCACCAGAGCCUUAAGUUGAAAUGGGGUGAUGGUUCCAGUAAAGCAUUAGCAACCGAAACCUCCCAGUUCAAUUUACAAAUGGAGGAUAAGUUCAACAGGUUUUUCACAAUCUACAAUGGACCCUGCCACACAUACAAGAUGCAGAGAUUAAAUGAGUCAACUACAUACAACUUUAGGAUCCAGGCAUAUAAUGAUGCAGGAGAAGGGCCUUUCUCUCAAGUUUACAGUUUUGCUACAACCAAAUCUCCCCCAGCGGCAUUAAGGGCACCUAAAGUGCAGCAGAUUGAAAGUACUUUAUGUGAAGUUACUUGGGAGCCUUUGCAGCCUAUGAGAGGAGAUGCCAUUGUUUACAUGCUUCAACUUACCAACGGGAGAGAGGUUGAGCAGGUUUACAAAGGACCUGACACCUUAUACAGUUUUUCAAACUUUCAAACAAACUGUGAAUACCGGUUCCGAGUUUGUGCUGGUCGCCAGUACCAAGAUUAUGCUGGGUUGCAGGAGUUGUUUGGCCCUUACAGUCCAAGUACCACAUUCUCAUCUCAAAGACAAGAAUUAGUUCUAAAUUGUGCUAACUCUACCACGGAAGCCACAAAGACCAAGAGGAAGCCUUUAAGUGAUGAGCAGUUUGCGGUGCUACUCCUUCUGGUUUUUGCCAUUGUGGCUUUCCUGUUUGCUGUUGUCAUUCAGUACUUUGUAAUUAAGUAGCCACCCUCCUUGCAACUAUUCUCCCCUUCCCUUAUAUUUAUGUUUUAAUGCCUUGAGCGCCACAGAGAUUUCCAGCCCCAGUGCAUUGCAAAACUCUCUGGAGCACAAGGGAUUAAUGAUUCUUAUUAAACUUAUUGAUGGAAAUGAUUGUAUUAUAUAUAAGUGCAUUUCCAUUUUUGCUGCUUACUCACUGAGAGGCAGGAUUAGCAUAAUCCUCCCUACACUUGGAACAUGAAGCAUCAUGAAACUCUUAGAAAGGGAAUCCAGUCCUGCCUCUAGGACCAUGGUGUAAUAUGCCUUAAUACACUUUGCCAAGGUGGUGCUGUUCGUUUAUAUGGAACAUUUGCUUUUAAAGCAUGUCCUUCUUAAAUGUGCAGCCUUGUAAGUGGUAGCUAAUAAAACAAACAUUUUGUUAAACAUAAAAGUAUUAGCGUCCAUUCUCAUACUGAACUUGGGUCUUAAAAAGGAUGAAAGGUUUUGUUAGUGAAAGGUGAAACAUAUCUCAAGACAACUAGGCAAGUUUGAGCAGAACUUAACAAGCCAGAACUAUUCUAGCCUUCAUGUUGUAACUGGAAAAAAGAAAAGCUGAUUGUAAUUCAUCUUGGUGGCUUUUUCUAAAUAAUCUUUACAUGUAAGUGAAAAAAGUGCUGAUUAAGUCUGUAGCACCUCAUUUAAUUCUACACAUAUAUUUCCCCUUGUGUAUUAAGGUAAAAUUUUACUCCCGAACACUAAUAAGUAAAAUUCAGCGCUGAUACAUGAGUGAAAAUUUUUGGGAAAAGAUGAAACUCUCCAAAAUAAAGUAGAGAUAAUAAGAAAGCAUAGCCUUUAUCAGCUGCAAUUGUAUAUACAUGUGUAUGUAUAUGCAUGUGUUAAUAUGUGCCUUGUAUAAGUAUGUGUGAUAGCUGUGUUGUCAUAUACGCAUACAAACAAAAAACAAGGUUAAUUACAGGACUAAAUGUGCUUUAUUUAAUAAGUGCUUGAUUUCUGUAUUUACCUUAACAAAGCAUUUAUGGAAUACACCACAUUUCUUUUAGAAAGUCUGUCCAGUAAAUAUGGCAUCCUUACCUUGAAAAGUAAUGCCUGUGAUAUAAAUGUGCCAGCCACAAAGAGAGCUGGGUGCCUCUGGCUUUUUCUAAGCCUGUAGACUGAGCCAGUCUGUAUUUGCCUACACAAGGGCAAUCCAAUCCAGCUAGAUAGCGCAUUAAAAAUUUGAAAUAUUAAGUUGAUGCAAACAUGUUAAAAGUAAUGCAUUAAACUAUUUUGGCAAGGCUGUUGCAAUAUAAAAUGCAUUUCCUAUGAUCUUCUCUAAACCAACCCGAUUUAAAACCCAAUUUCUGAAUACAGUAAUGGGGAAAACAAUUUUAACACCAAGUUCUAUUGCAAGCUAAUACAUGUAUGGUACAAUCACUUGCAUUGUCUGGCCCAUUCAUGCAGAGCCAUUCUUUUUCCAGAUCCACAGACUUAUGAGACGAUAAUAUAUAUCUAUAUAUUUUUUGUAACUCAUUUAAAGUUUGUUGGAAGUGCAGCCAUGUGAUUUGAAGCCAAUUAUAUCUCUAUUGGUGUGGAGAGGAAAAGCCAAUUUAAAUUGAAGUUUGGUGCUACUACUAAAAUCAGCAUACAAUUAUAGAAGUAUUGCAUGGACCUUGAGCUUCCGGCCACCUCUGGAAGAAGCAUAGUCUACAUUUACAAGCAUUAUCUCUUAGAAGUUUGUUAUAUUUUUAACUCUAAAGCCUUUUAUUGAAGUGUGUCACCUUUUCAUAAAAUGAUAAUACUACCAUUGCAGGAGAGCGCCUUAUGACCCAUACUGUGUAUCUGAAUUUUGUUUUUUGUAUAUAUUUAUAUAUACCUUGACCUGCUUUGCAUUUCAAUUACAAAAGUGUACUGUGCUUCUCAAGAAUACAUUGCAGCACUUUCUGUACAAGCACAGGUUUGUCUUUACGGAGGAAAAAAACAAGUGCAUUUAUUAUAAAUGUUACACUAUUUGGCUCAAACUGAGCAAGUAUAUGUUUUUAUACUGUCUGUAAUCUAAGUAAUAAAAAAGACGCACGAUUUUUUUUUUUUUUUUUUUUUAAGAGAUGCCCAGAUUAUGUAUUAUCUACUAACCUAAAUAUUUUUACAUAUAAAAUGUUUUUGUAAGAAAAUUAUCAUGCUGAUAAUAUAUAUAUAAAUAUAUAAAUAUACAUUCCAUCACUUUAUAUUUAAGAUUUGUUUUAGAGCUCACAAUGUCAUUGGUAUUAAAUAUUUCCUUUCUGUUAAUGUGGAUCAUACUUGGCUUUGGCUUGGAAAUUUGGUAUAUUUAAAAGCUUAAAUGUACCAAAAGGCCUGGCCUUAAAAAAAAAAAAAAUUAUUGCCAUCAACGUUACCAGAGAAUUUAAACAAUGACAGACCUACGGACUCUGUAAUUAAAUGGCAUGGGUUGCAGACAUUAUGUCUGAUGUAAAUGUCAGCCUCUCUAUUGCUCAUUGACCAUGCAUUUCACUAUUGAAAUCAUACAGGAUUCUGCAUUUAUGUAUGUAGAAAGUAGUCACUUUUUAUACAUAGUUGAUAUUAUAUGUAUUGCUCUGUUCGGAGUCAAUCACCUAUGAGUAUUUCUGCAUAUCAUUUCAUUUAUGAAUAUUUUAUCGUAACAUAUACUGCCACUUUCUUUCCUUACAGUAGAUGUAUGGUGCAAUCUAAAAUUUUACUUUUCCCCAACCCCCACAAGUGUACUCUAAAUGGUAUUCUAUUUAUUUUGAUUUAAGGUUGAAUGUAAUUGUUUUACCUGUAGCAAAUCUCUGUUAGUGAAAUAAUUUGCAUUAUUUUUAACCGUUUUCCUGACCAAGAGGCCAUCCCCAUAUUACGGCAAUACAUUAUGGGUCCCUCUGGCAAGAAAGGGGUUUAUGUCUUUAUAUGUGCCUGUUUGUACGUCAUUACAUACAUUUCUAUACACAUGAUGUUGUCUUUUGGCUGCAGACGUGUUUACAUCUUAAUCUUUCUAUUUUAAUAUAUAUUUUUAUGUAAGGAACACCAAUGCUAUUUUGCAUGUUGAUUCAUAUUAAACAGCAUGUGUGACCAUUCAUAUCUUUAUGGCUAAAACAUUCUUUAACUCAGCAGGUUUUUUGUAUUUUUUACUUUUAAUUGUCUUAUCAGAAUAUGAUGUAAUGGUUGUAACCCAUGGUUAAGGUGGCCUUGUGCCCUGAUAUGGCCAGGCAGUUCAGAUGUUUUUGCCUUGCUGCCUGAAUAUGAGUGCAUCUGAGGGCUUUUCAGAAGAUAGUCUACAGUCUUGCUGCAAGUGGUUGGUUUAGACACAGAAUCCAUUGUUGAGGCAUUGGCAGAUAUGGAAGUGAAAAGACAGUGUAUCUGCUUAUUUGACCCAUCUGGUAAAGGAGUGGGUCAAAUGUUAUAUGUAGCUUGCCAGAUUUGGCAAGAUUCAACUAUUCAGGCCGAGUUCUGCAGUACAUGAAGCAUGCUAAUUGCCCGGUGCUUGGUAAAGCCCAAGUAAGACCAUGGUUUCACUGAAACUAGUCAACUGUUCUAAAUAGUUUAUAUGGUUUGAUAAUUUCAGACCAAUCUCACCAAUGUAUGACCAUCUGUCCAUGUGUGGGGGCCUUGAGCAUGCAUAAUAAAUGAUCUCAGUCUUGUGAGAUUUCAUAACUCAGAAUGUUAAACUAAGGUUAGCCAGGUGCCACCAUAAUUUGAUUCAUUAUCUUAAACAGAAGAGGAUUAAGCUUGGAUUAGAUGUGGUCCUUUGGUCAGAAGUGCAGAGAAAGUAAGUUCAGUUUUGCCCAGCUUUGGCAGGGAAUAUAGUUACAAAUAUAUGUGUGAAUGUUACAUUGAUCUGUUACAUAUAUGAGCAACAUGCAAUAAAUCAUUACAGUCUGCUUAAAGGAGAAAUGCUGGCUUUAUUUUUUUUAAUUGUUCAACUACCCCAGAAUCUCAGCCAGCCAACAAGUAGCCUAGGAUUCUGGGAAUCAAUAAUUCAAGAUCUGGAAGGCCAUACUUUUUAGACUGCCAACAGCCUUAGGGUCUCCAUUGCCAAAGGAUUUCUGCUUGAGAUCUCCUAUUUUCAAGCACACAAAUCAGCUCAUUUUACAUUGCUGCAAAUUAAACUUCUCACCUUCAUUCUAUAUCACUUUUCUCUGAACUACAGUGGUUCGCUGAUACCUAACAUUCAUCUUUCUUGGACACCUUGUGCUCUUUGUUCUAACCUUUUUUUUGUUUUAUUUUACAGCCUAUACAUUCCAGAAGUAUGUUUGGUGUUCUUGUUAGAAAUCUGUUGCUUUGUACUUUCAUUGUAAUUUGAGGUAUCUUCUACAAUAUAAUGUUACCCUGCAUAUGUAUUACUAAAUUGUUACUAUGAAAUAGAUAAUAUAUUUAAUAUGUUCAAUAAAAAGUAUAAAAUGA